CCCCACACAACCUAGGGCAAACUGGUCUCGUCUCAGCCAUUGCAAAUCCCAGAUGGCCCGAGCAAUUCCAACACAUGUACAACCUAGAGAGGAAACAGAGCACACAAUGGAGUUGGAGAGGGGGGCCUGCAGUGAGAGGGUGGCUUGUGUCUUCCUCCAUCCUCCUCCCUCCCCCUCUAAAACCCCACCCUGUACCCCCUUCUCUUGAACCCUUCCUUUUCUUCCUUCCCCACAGCUUCCUCUCUCUACAAUCUCUCUCCCCUCCUAAGGAUCCAAGAGGUAUCAUUGCUGCUCUUCUCAUCCAUCUCCAAUCCCAAAACAGCUCAGGGAAUUCCCCUUCUCCUGCUCUGGUGUUCUUGCUACCUCCCUGCUCUGCUUCUUGACCUCUUCUUGCCACAGAGGAGUACAGCAGAAUAUUUUCAUUUCAUCUUUUUCCAAGGUGUUCUUGGUGACCCAGGUGGAGGCAAAGUGCGUGGGUUCUUGAUUAGUUUUUGCCUUUGGAGUUUGCCCAUGCCCCAAGGAUGUUGGUGUAGCUUUGGUUGACACUUUGUUUGUCCCUUGGAACGCCUCAUUUUCUCCAAAGAUAGCAUUUUUCAGCUGCCUUCUUCUUCUUCUCCAUCUUGCAAGGCAGCAGGAACUUUCACAAACAAGGAAAUUCCUCGGUUUCCUUGUUUAAUCAUCGCAAGAAUUCAGAGUCGUGGGGUUUAGAGGUUUAGACAUUUCUCGGUCUUGUGUUCUUGGGUUGAUCGUUCUGGAAUUAAUCCAAGAAUAGCUGGAAUUGUUCUUUCACCUUCCAAGAAGACGAAGUGACAGCAGUAUUGUUGUCGAGGCGUUGCAAUGUCGUCUUCCUGCAUACCAACCGGCCUGCGGCUGGACCUGGACAUGGUCAAGGCGGCGGCGUCGCCGGGCGCGCACUCGUCGCCGCUGCGCCCGAUGCACUCGUCGCCGUCGUCGACACUGUCGGAGGCGUCGAACGCGUCGUCGUCGGCGAUGUCCGUGUCGCUGAAGCGCGCACGCGCACCGCGGAAGCGGCCGAACCAGGCGUACAACGAGGCCGCCGCGCUGCUCGCGUCCAUCCACCCAUCCGUCUUCCCCGUCAAGAAAAGCCCCAAAACGGCGCCACAACCGCCGGCGCGGCAGCUCUCCGGCCUCUCGGCGGCGUUUGACCCCUCCUCCGACCUCCUCCCGCCGCUCCCAGUACUCGCCGACUCCGCAUUCCUCCUCCGGGACAUGCCAGCGCCGUCGCCGCAGCCGCAGAGCCCGUCCGGCGCCAAGAACUGCUCGUCGCCGGCUCCGGUGAGCAGCGUGUUCCGGGACUUCCGCGACCCGACGCCGUCUCCGGCGAGCCCCGACACUGUCAACGAGCUUGGCGAAAUCGACUUCGACGACGACUGCUUUGACGCUGAGUCCAUUCUCGACGUCGAUGAGGCCACCGCCGGCGGCGCGGCUGAGGGCAUCGACAGCAUCAUGGGUAGCCUCACGGUGGAGAGCAACACAGCCACCACGUCCGAUGACUCCAUCCUGUCCAGCUCCGGCAUACACCCCUACCUCAGGAGCCUCAUGGUGGUCGGCCUCGCUGGCAGGUUCGAACUCGGCCUCGGGUUCCGGCACGGCGCUCGGCCCAACCUCAACCGUGCACUGAAGCGGCGGGACGACGACGGCGCCUGGUGGAUGUGGCCGGCCGUGCCGGUGAAGGACUUAACGGUUGCACCGCCGCCGCCACCAACACCGACAGCGUCGAACACCGCAAUGCCGCAGGCACCAGCGGCGCCAGAGAAGAAGAAAAGCAAGAAAAAGAAGGUGGUGAAGGUGGAGAAGGUGAUGGCGAAGGGGAAGGAGGAGUUGCCCAACGCGAAAUGCAAGGAGGAAGCCGACGGCUCAGUGGAUGCUGCUGAUGGCGAUGCCGAUGCUGACAGCAUGCCGACCAAGGCGCCAAAGACCGGGUUGGGGCUGAAGCUGGACACCGAUGAGGUGCUCGUAGCGUGGUCCGACAAAGGGUCAAUGUUCGCCGAGGGCAGCGUGCCGGAGUCGCCGACGUCGGCCGCCGACGCUCGGGCUAAACUUGCAGACAUUGACCUGUUUCCUGAGAAUGGAGCUGGUGGUGGCAUCAGGGAAGCCAGUGUCUUGAGGUACAAGGAGAAGAGGCGCACCCGGCUGUUCUCGAAGAAGAUCCGGUACCAAGUGCGGAAGGUGAACGCCGACUGCCGGCCUCGGAUGAAGGCAAGCACUAGAACCGAUUAGAAAGCAUAAAAGAUCUAUUCGUAAGGGAAGGUUUGUUAGGAGCCCAUCUCUUCUUCAGCAAGCCCUGGAGGAAGAGAGCUAGACAGUGAUACUUGCUAGCCUUUUUAUCAGCACCUUUUUGGCCUUUUAGUUUUUCAUUAGCUAAGAGAUGUGAGUGAGAAUUUUCCCCGCUUUGUCUUUUUUUUGGAGUUUUGCCUUGGAGACGAUAGAGAUGCUUUAGAGUGAGUUGUCGUGGUGGUCACAUAGUUUGUCUCAAGUUUAAAAUGUGAGGUAAAGGAAGGAAAUAAAGUGAUGUUAGAAUAUACAGUCA